GGUACAGCAGUGCAAUUAUACAAGUAAUCCUAGGACAAUGGUUGCUAAUAAGCUGGUCAUCUUGAUGGCUGCCCUGGCAGUCGGAAAUGCAGUGCCGGUAUGGAUCACUGGAGCUGAAUUCCUACCUACCACAUACAUGCGCAUCGGUCGGUCUCCGAACGUCGCGUUUGGUUUCGGCAGCGGGUUCAGCAGCAACAUUGGCGGCAUCGCACACGCCACAGGCAUGAGCUCCUCGUUCUCCACCGGAGACGCCCAAGCUUACGGCUCAGGCAUGGCCGGGGGCGACAACGGCUACGCCCGAGGGGUUGGCGUCGCCAACGCAAGACCAUCGUACCCACCGAUGCCUUAUAACAACAAUGGAUUUGGACGCUUUGGAUCAGCUGUGUCAUCAGCACAAAACUUUGGAGAUUACAGCUCGGCUAUCUCAUCUGCUCAAUCGCAUGGACAUAAUGGAGCCGCAGCAUCAGCUGUCCAAAGCGCUGGACCAGCUCGUUACCAAUCAGCCGUAUCAUCUGCUCAGAAUUUGGGUUUGGGAUAUCAAUCUGCCGUAGCUGCAGCUAAUAGCCAUGACGGGCACUAUGGAUCCGCUAUGUCGGCUGCUAACAGUGGCUAUGACGGUGCUAUUGCCCAGUCUAGAAAUGAUAUAAGUGGCUAUGGUGCUGCGGUGUCUGCAGCGCAGAAUAUCAAUGGAUACAGAGCUAGCACGGCUCAAGCUGUGCAGCAACAAGGUGGAGCUCUUCAGCAAAGUGGUGCUUCCAGCAUUAAUGCUCCUGGCAUUCAGGCUGCUCAGUCACAUGCUGUUAACACGGGGUACUACUAAGUUAUAAUUAAAUUAGUUACUUAAUGUAUUCUUUUGUAAAAAAUGGUUACUUAGACACUGAGAUGACCAAUACUUGCUUAUCUCACUGUCUUUGUACAUUUGUAUGGGUACGAAAGGACAACACACAAUCAAAAUGGUAAUUGCUAUUGUUUGGGAGAAUAUAACAUAAGGAAUUGUCAAUAAAAGACUGACAGAUACUUAAAA